CAACGCUAUUUGCAAGAUUUGAUAGACAGCGAUCUAAGAGACCACGGAGGCAAUCUCGGAAUCGCCACUGAAGGUCUUCUGUGGUUGAAGAGAGGACUCGAGUUCAUGCUGGAAAUGCUCACAUUGAUGGUGCAGGAGUACAGAUCUACGCCAGAUAAAAGUAAGACGGAAAAUCUAGUCGGAGUCAUCAAUAAGGCAUACGAAAAAUCACUCAAACGCCAUCAUGGAUUCAUGUCAAAACAAUUAUUUAAGCUUGUCAUUCAUGCUGCCCCUUACCGCAGGACUAUAUUGAAAGCUGUUGCCCUCGGAAAGGACGGCUUAGACGACGUUUGUAUUGAGCACAUAGCAAGCCACUUGGAGAAUUUCCGAAUUAAUGUUGGUGUACUGGUUGACUAUUACCUUCUUAAAAAACUUGAGACUCCUUCUUGCUAA